AUGGCGGCCCGCAGUAUGCUGAAGUCUGUGUGGACCUCGCUUCCAUCAUUAAAACUAAGUACUGGAGGUAUCAACGUGGGCUUGCUUCAUAAAGUAAAUGUUCCACAGCUGUCUGCUUGCACAAUACAGAACCGAGGGAUUCGUCAAGUGGUGGAGAAGCAAGAUGGCAAAACAACAACUGUCGAGGGAAAAAUCCUAGAUGUUCCAGUUGGACCACAGCCUCCAAAUCCCACAGCCAAGUGUCCUAUCUACAGAUGGAACCUGCAACACAAAUACAACUACACUGAUGUGUUGUUGCUCAGUCAGUUCAUCAGGUCAGAUGGAGGGAUGUUGCCCAGGAGAAUAACUGGUCUUUGUCCAGAGGAACAUCACAAAAUUGCCAUUUGUGUGCAGAUGGCUCACAGAGCAGGUCUUCUCCCUGAUCACAAGCCCAAACUUCCAGACGGUCAUGUCCCAAAGAGACCCAAGCCGAAACUCAACAUGUACCUUACACGCUGGUCCAUCGACUCAGUGCAACCCAUUUAUAAAAGUGGACUGAAGUGGUGCAAGAAGCGCAUGGCUGUGGGUCACCCAGCACUUAAGAACAAUGUACGCUAUGGCGUCAAGCCCUUGUAUAUAAAGCACUGA